GGAUUCAGUAACUCCAGUAAAACCACUGUCCUUACACUUUUCCACACCGUUUACGGAAUGCACAUCACUUACUCUGGCCGCACGUGGGAUUAGAAUGAAAGGAGUCCUUUUUGAGCCACGAGCCGAGGUCAAUCCUGACGACUUAGUUGCACUAGUAACUGUAUUUAUCUGGGGCCUGGUAUACUCCUACGCCGAGUACAAGCGACGGAGCGCAAGGAAGAAUGCCACUCAAGACUUGGCGGCAACACGCAAUUUCGCAAUCUCGUCAACUGGAUUGCAGCAAGAUGGUCGUUUUGGUGAAGUCUAUUAUCGACGACUCGAGGUGACAACAUGCGCGCCAAUAGGCUUGGUAUCCGUGCUGCCCACCGUUGGUCUGAAGGCGCUCCUAAUCACGCCCACCGAUGGCCACGGGGCUGAUGGCUCAGGGCAUGACAUCAAGGAAGCUUGCAGCAACGGUAGCCAUGCAAGCCCUGUCUGGCAGGACGGCGGCAAACCGCUCGGCUGCCUACCCAGCUGCACGCAAGCUUCUGCCGGCAAUGCCAGCGGCAGCAGCUGCGGAGGCUGCGACAGCAGCAGCAGCGGUGGCGGCACCGGUAGCAGCUGCGGCGGUAGCGCCAGCAGCUGCUGCGGCCUCAGCAACAGCAGUAGCACCAGCGGCGGCCCCGGCAGUAGCAGCAGCAGCUGCUGCCCCGCCACCACCUCUCUUCGGGACCAGGACCUCCUCCACUGCAGCUCCACCACUUCCUCCUCCUCCGCGCCAGCAGACGGUAUCCCCCAGGACCCAUCCUCAACAUCAGCCGAUGUGCCGUACUGCAGGGCGCUGCCGUACGCCCUGAUGACUAAUCUGGUCUUCAACUGUACGACAGCGCUGCCGGAAGACGAUCCGGCAGAGCUCAGUGACCCAGGGGUCGGUGGAGGGGCGACCCGCUGGAUCGUCGGCGGCACCGGGCGGCGGCGGCAGGGCCCCUCCCGCGCCUCGCCUGGUCCUCCCGCGCUUAUGCGUAGCGCGGGUCGAAGCCACGGAGGAGGCGGUGUCACGGCCACCUCAAUUGCUCGGCCCGGCAGCACGCGACAGACCCAUGGGCCACCCGCUUCUUCGUUCUCGCUCUCAGCCGCCUCGUCGUCAGCCGCUGCCGCCGCCAGCACUGGGCUCGCAGCUGCCACGAGGCAAGGCAGCGGCGGGCUGGCGGUUCCGGGGUUCGAUCGCUGCCGAAUGCGGAGCAACAUGUCCUUCGUAGAGGAGGAGGAGGAGGGCGGGGAGGGCAGCGCCGGCCGGGGGGGCGUUCAGACGGGCGCGGAGGGUGGGCGUGCUGCUGGAGGUGGCGGCGGCAGGCGAUUGGUGGCGGCGGCCCCUCCUGUGUGCGAGGGAAUAUACGAGCUGCGCAGCUUGAGGCUGCCCGUUCCUCCACUUCUGGACAGCGAGGGCGCUGUUGUGGUCACCGCUGCUGCCGCUGUUAGCACCUGCAUCAGCUGCCCGCUACCUGAGGAGCACCAGCAGCCCCAGCAGCAGCCCCAGCAGCAUCCGCAGACCCAGCAGCAGCACCCCCAGCGGCCGGUGCUGAAGUCUCCGCGGGGAGCCAGCACUUCCCCGCCACCGCCUGCUGCUGCUGCUGCCGCUACCACCACCUCCCACUCCUGCUCCCCCUCCCUGCUGACCCCACCACCUGCCAGCACCUCCACCAUCAACUCGCCUAGGGCCAGGUCGCAGCCCUCCCCCCGCAGCGCCCAGCCCUCCCCUCGCCCUUGCUGCGCAUGCGGCGGAGAAAGAGGCGCAGCAGCAGCAGCAGGAGAGGAGGAUGGGACCGAGGGGGCGCUGCCCCUACCGCCAUUGGAGCGCUGUGACUCGCCCCGAGACCUCCUCCUGAACCCCGCGCCUGCUACUGCUGCUACUGCUGCUACUGCUUCGGUUGCGACUGCCACUGCCACCGCUGCAGCUGCUCCUGCGAGUUGCGCCCAGAUGCGCACCAGCACAGCAGCCCGGCGCUCCCUCUCCCGCAUCCCCGUCCCCCCCACCUCCGCCUCCACCUCCGCCCCACCCACCGCCCGGCGCUCCCUAGCAGUCGACCUGCUAGCAGCCAGCGGCAGCAGCACCACCACCGCCCUCCCCGCCGCCCCUUGCACCUCCGCCUCCUCCUCCGCCCUGCCCUCCCCCGCCAUGACGCCGCGUUCCAGCCUGAGCCGCAUUCCGCCCUCGCCCUUCGCCGCCUCACGAGACUUCUGCCCCUCCGCACCCUCCACCCAUCGAGGCCCGGGCCCCUGCCGCACGACCACGCAUGCGACCACCUCCACCUCCAUGCGCGCCUCUGCCUUCGCCUCGUCCCUCGCAGCAGCAGCCGCAGCUGCGGGCUCCUCCUCCUCCGCAACCGCCACCGGCACUGCAGAGGAGGAGGAUGACAUCGUCAACAACGGCAGCCCCGGCCCCAGUCCGCAGGCCUCCUUCACCUCCGCCACCACCACCUCCUCCUCCUCCCGCUCCUCCAACGGCCGUCGCCUGCAGCAACUCCAGCACCUGCACCAACAACAGCUGCAGCAGCUACAACUUCAGCUCCGAUCCCGUCGUCUUUCCUCUGCAAGUGCCCUCUCCGCCUCCACCUCCGCUUGCACCUCCUCGGGUCAGAACUCCUUUAGCGCUCGUUCCGCCGGUAGCGUUUACCGAAGCAGCUACAACCACCACAACCACCACCACCAUCAUCAUCACACCGUUAGCGGUAGCGGACACUACCACGGUCACGACCACGAGGGCGGAAACGGCAUCAGCACCACCACUCGACAUGCCUCGGUUCAAACCCACCCCAGCCACUUCCCGCGCUCCCUUCCCGGGUCCACUCUAAAGGCCAGUGCGGCUUCCGGCACCCCCGCGGCGCUAGCUGCGGCAGCGGAUGCGAGUUUGACGCUGAGUCGGCGGCGUCAGGCGAGGGAGGCGGCGGCGGCGGCGUGCGUGGGCGGCCCGACCAGCCCGCGGUACCUGCGGCCCACCGCUGCCUCGGCGGCCAAGUCGACGUGUGUGUCACCGCAGAUGGCUGCGUUCCUGUCCGCAACUCCGUCGCCUCGGUGAGAGGGUGGUGGUGAGGUGCGGUGAUGAGGUGCGGUGCGGUGCGGGAGGAGGUGCUAACGGGACAGAUUUACCGCGACAUCGAAUGUGACACCACCACCACCACCAACAACAACAACCUGUUUGUUCGUAUGCCGCGACAGUGGUGGUGGUGAUGGUGGUGAUCGACUCGCUUGUGACAGCUGGCGGGUGUGUCGAUUAGAGUUGUGUGGGCGUGCAGCAGCUACGGUAACCGGGGAACACGCAAAGGGCAGGGGCAUUGCAGCCCCCCUGCUGCUGCUGCUGCUGCUGUUGCUGUGAUUGCCGUGCCGUUGUCAUCAAGGUAUCGAAGCACGACGUUUUCUUUUCUUAUAACGUUUAUAGUUGGGUAUAUGACGCAUACCUAAAUGAAGCUUUCAUGCGCGCGCCCGACACAGUUUAUGUACUUUUUUUCGUGCCGCACGGCGUUGCUCGGAUGAAGCUGGCCGUGCGGAUUAAGAUAAGCUAGCUAGCUAGCCGCUAGGAGCCGGUGCGUGUGUGUGUGUGUGUAUGAUGAUGAUGUAAGACACCGUGUAUGUGUUUUCUAUUGCACCAAAAUAUACUUUGGGCAAACCUGUAGACUCAGCUCGGCGUUUUGCGCGUUUACGGUUGGGGAACUAAUGGAGAGGGGAGAGGGAAGCGCGCGGGAGGGGGGAAUUAAGGGUUGGUGUUGGGUUAUACAUAUAUCGGUGCGAUGACGUCCGCUUUUUCGUCGUCAAUAACGGCCCUUGCGAACCCUUCACUCGUGUUACAAGGUUGCGCUUACGAAUACCUGCAUGUAUGGGCAAGUCGACAAAGAGACAUGGCUUGCAUCCUUCCUCAACUUAUAAUGCCACAGUUGUGGCAUAUGUGCUUUCUAAUAUCUCAAUACCGUACAACCAACUAACUCUUUUUAACGGUAUACGCUCAUCAUACAUGCGCACGUGAGAGCGGUGGGGACAAGCUGACCCGUGGGUCACUUGGAGGUGUGCGAUCUGUGUAGUUACACAUGCGCGCGCAUCUGUAUGAAUUUGUAGCUGACGACGAGGGGGUUACACGACCGACGCUCGCAUAGUAAAUGAAAGACGUUCCAAAGACGAGGAUUUAUGACUUCCGGUGGGGCUGCUGUGCAGGUAGGGGUCUUCUCUGGUGGUUUCUUCUCUGGCUGUGUAGAGAAGGCUGGCUUAUGUGGUGGUUUCCUAUAGAUUUGAAUCGGACCCCGGACUGCUAAGGUUCGUAUGUUGUGACUGCCACUGUUGCUGCCCCAUACGUUGCAAAGACAUGCAUGCAACGAAGUGGCAAGGAGAGGCAGGCCGAAGGGAAGUUGGGCUGUGGAGUAAAGAUGUCAUAUAGCGUGUAUGAAGCUUUAGGGGUAUUGCAACAAAGGUGGUGAUGGCGAUGAUGGCCACUUCUCGGCUUGUUUGUGUACGUUGCCCGUUGCGUAGUUGUUGUAGAUAGUUGUUGUUCCUUGUUAGUUGGUACGGCAGCAGUUGCCUGGUCAAACUUGCCACCCGGGGUUUAGCGGGUGUAGUUUCAGGGGCUUUGGGCCGUGUAUGCACCGCGGGCCGUGUAAUGUUCGUCUUCAAUGUACAUGCCAUACAUACUUAAGUAACCGAUUGCGUGUAAGGCAACGCCAUGUUUAACCCCUGUAUGUAUGUAAGCUGGAUCUUCGCAUGUACGGCCAAACUCAUGCCUCGUUUCGCACACCCCUUUACGUACUAUCAAACGGGUGUACGGCAUCUCUCGACCGCACAUGUAGGACCCAGGCACCCGAGGGCCCUAGUUAACGCGACC